UCAUUGAUGUUUGCGUUUUUGUGGAGAGCAGACGAACAUUAAAGUUACUUUCAAAUUUAGUAACGCCGCAGAGUAGUUAGUGAGUGGUUAGUAGUGCAAGUUAAAAAAUAAGUAAAAGAAAAACAGCCUAAUAAGAAAAGAUCUACAUAAAUAUUUUUGUAACAAAUAAAACCCAAAAAAUAAGUAAAACGAAAAAGAAAAUUAUAAAAAAGUUACUCAAGGAUAAAGUGUAUAAAAAUUAAACUGUUUUGCUGAAUUAUAUUUUUAAGUGGAUUAAAACAAACCAAAACCUUUCAAGGCUAAAUUCCAGUUUAAAAAAAGGAAGAAAAAAAAACUGCACUACAACAAAAACAACAAUGAAACAAACUGCAGCAACCGAGAAAAUUGAUCCCUUAAUGCGUAUUCAGGAGGAAAUUAAAGAGGUCGAAAGGCGUGAGCAGGAAUAUCGCCAGCUGAUCUCUACAGUAACGAACAUAAGCGUUAACGAAUGCGGCGAAACACUAACGAACGACAAAGACCUUUUAAAUGGUCAUGAUGAGAAUCAUAACGACAGUUUGCAAUCACUGAGUCCGGUACCUCCACAUGUUAACAACAAUUCCAUGAUGGCCAGUGAUGAUACAAACUCCAGCAUGCCUUCGUUGGCUUUAAGUGUAAACAGCACAAAAGAUGAGGACAAUCAUUCCGAUGAUUCGGGCAUAUCGGCUUCUUCCAGUCCGGUAAAUGGUGUGUCCGCCAACAUUAAGAAAAUCAAUGAAGCUAAUAAAGUGGUAAAUACCCCCUCCACACCCUUGGCCCUAAAAGAGCCACGCUAUAUUGGUCCCAAUUGCUAUAAUCUAACACCAGAGCCACCCCAGCAGAAACUAAUGACUCGCACUGUUUCUACACCCUUACUCAGUGCCAUUAAGGCACCACGCCAGUUUACCAUGAGUCCUGCCCACAAGGGUGUCAUGCAGCGUUUCAUAGCUUCACGCGGUAAACUGCAAAUGAAUAACAACAACAACAAUAAUGCCACAUCAAAUAAAAUCUUUUUGAAUGGUAAAAAUGCGGCCACUAUAUUGGGCAUGAAUACACCCGGUACCCCACCCAAUACACCCAUGACUCCCAUGUCUGCUGGUUUGGGAGGUGCUACCCCCGACUUUGCCGCCCGCAAUGCACAGGCUAUAAUACCCACAGUUACUUUGUCAGCUCCCGUCAUAGAACGUGAUUCUGAAGGCAGACCCAUUCGUCCCGGUUAUGUGCCUGUGGAAUUGAAAAUUCAACGUGAAUUACAAGAUUUGAAGAGUCGGGAAAGUGAAUUGAAGAAAAUACGCAAAAUUAGACAGUCAACACCAGAUCUAUUGGAUUCCAUUGAUAAUGAAAACGUAGAAACCGAUGACGAAGAUUCUGAUGUAGAACACUGUUAUGGUCCCGGAAAAUUAAGAGCUGCCAAAUCCAUUGGUGACAUGUGUGAUGCACAAAACAACAGCAGUUCAAGAAGCGUUUCUCCCAUGCCUGAUUUUGACAAGCAACAAGCUCGUUCAGCUGGCGCCAGUGGUGGCUUGAGACCGGCAGUUUCCUUGGCCCAAUUAUGUGAUUUGACUCCAGAAGAAGCUCCUUCAUCUCGUGGUUUAAUAGCUCAAUGGGAAAAUUUAAUACAACAGAAUGCAUAAAAUAUGUUUAAAAAAAACUAUUUUAGCAAAGACAAACACCUUUUUUCACACAACUAAAAGAUCAGGUAUCUUUUAGGCGAAAAUUAUAAGGAGUUUAGUAUUAUACAUAUUAUGUUUUGGCCACGUUGCUGAUUAUAAUGACAAUGACAUUCCCCUUUUUUCAUUUACUUUAUACUUAAUUUAGUCAUAAAUUUAUAACAGAUUUAUUUAUCUACUUUAUGUGUCUGCAUUGACAUUUUACAUACAUUUAGUUUUCUUGCCUUCUUUUCUCUAUAUUUGUUUCCCUUUAUUUUAUAUAAUUCUUUUUUGUUUGCCCCAAAAAAUCGCUCUAAUUUUUGUUAAAAAUUUACAUUAUUUAUGUUCUCGCUUUAGUUUAUAAAAGAAAAAACAAAAUAUAUAAAGCUAUUAUUUAAUAUUACGAAAUAAAGAAAUAUACAUCCAUGCAUAUGUGGUAUUUAUCAACGAAAAUUAUUAAGAAAAAACCUGUGAAAAAAAAAAUUCUGAAAAUAAGUACGAGAAAAAUUUAAAAAAAAAAAUAUAAGAAUAAUUGAUUCUAUUGUAUAUAAUUUCAUUGCAUAUAUAUGAAUAAUUAUACAUACAUACUUAUUAAAUAAAAUUAUAAUAAAGAAAAUUGUUAAAAACCA